AUGUCGGGUUAUCACGACGACGAGGAGGAGUACGAGCCGUACGAGGAAGACGAGGAGUACGACGAGUACGAGGAGGAGGCGCUCGCAGCUGCUGGCCGCGCAGUCCAGAUCGCGCCUCGUGCAUUUUCGCUCGCCGAUGAAGGGGAGGAUGAAGAGGACGAGGACGAGGACGAGGACGAGGACGACGCGCGCAUGAUGCCACCGCCGCCCCCGCGCGCGCCUCGCGGACCCGGCGUCCCCUCGUCCUCCGGCCGCGACUACGCCGCCGCGUUGGCCGGUCGCGGGACGGGACGCGACGAGGACGAAUCCGAGGAGGACGAGGAGGACGAGAACGAGGAGCUCUUCGGCGACGGCGAGGACCUCGAGACCUACCUCAAGGACGCGGGCCCAAACAGCUACAACAUCCUCGCCGACAGAAGGCGCAAGGCGCUCAGACAGAGGCACGAGGAGGAGGACGCGUUCAACCGCGAGCUGAAGGUCAAGGGCUACGAAAACUCCCAAGAUCUCAUCGACGUCACCAACGCGGACAAGCUGGAGCUCCUCGCGAAAAACCCAAACUACGCCAUGUUCUUUCAGGGCGCGGGGGGCACGGCGCCCACCGCGGGGCCCCGAGGUAAGAUCGGCAGGGGCAAGGUGCGGAGGGGCGUGAGACGAACGAGGCGCCGAGUCAUCAGCGCCGAGGCGGCGAAGAAACUCGGCGAGGCGAACCUGCUCUUCACGCAGGGCGAGGGGCAGUACACGCGGGCGAUCGAGCUGCUCACGGAGGUGAUCCGGCUGAUACCCAACGAGCCGGACGCGUACGCCACGCUGGGCACCAUCUACUCCGAGCUCAAGAACGACAAGAAGGCGCUCGAUUUCCUCAUGAUCUCAGCGCACCUCGAGCCGGGAAACAAGGAGAAGUGGAACAACCUGGCGGAGAUGUCCAUCCGCCUGAACAACCCGCGGCAGGCGCUCUACUGCCUCGGCCAGGCCUUGCGUCUGGACCCGGACGAUCACGACAACCGGUGGGACCAGGCGCGGCUGUACGUGGACAUCGGCGAGCCGAAGAGGGCGCUGGAGCAGUUUCAAAAUCUUCGCGAGCGCAUCCCGGACAACCCCGAGGUUGCCGUGGAACUCGCGAAGAUGCACUACCAGAUGGGCAACCCCGACCUCGCGGAGAGCACCCUGGACGAACUCAUGGCCGCCCACCCGACACGCGCGGACGCCACGCUGGUGAACAUCCUCGCCGAGCUGAAGAUGGAUCGCCGCGAAUUCAACCAGACUGUUUCGUUGAUCGAAUCCAGCCGCGAGCACAUGCGUUCGCUGAGCGCGCGUCAACGGGAGGCGGAGCACGCGAAGAUGGCGGGCGCGGCGGGCGCGGCGGCGUACAACGCGGCGAUCGACGAGGGCACCGACAGGGACGCCGCGUUCGACAGGGCAAAGGCUGAGACGGCUGCCAAACUCGCAAAGGAACGGGAGGCCAACCCGACGGAUAUUCCCCUCGACCUGACCACGCGCCUGGGCAUGUCCCUGCUGUACCUCGGGCGGUUCGACGAGGCGUACGCGCAGCUCGAGAAGAUCAAGGAAGAGGACGUGGAGUCGUACGAUGACCUCUACAUGGACGCGGCCGAGACGUGCUGGGCCGUGGCUAACCUCGCCGACGUCUCCGUCUCUCAGAUUGAUUCGCACAGGCUCGUGACGCAGGCGGAGUUCAUGUGGACGAAACUCCUGGACGUCCAAAAGUACGACGACGAACCCAUGUGGUCUAAGAUCGCCGAGUGCAUCCGCGUGAGGAUCGAGCGGGGCGACGGGAGCGCCCGGACGGCUUCCGCGGCUUCGCUCCGGAGCAAAGCCGCGGAGGCCGUCGUUAAAUUUUACCGGACGGUUUUGGCUCGGCACCCGGACUCGAUUCGAGCCAAGAUUCCCCUCGCGGAGGCGCUCAUCGCCGCGGGCGGGGACGAAGAAGCCGUCGAGAUGUUACCGGCCGCUUCGGACCUCGACGAUCUCGAUAAGUCCGUCGCGCUGAGGAUCCUGGACAUUCACAGGCAAAUGGGCGAAACGGGCGGCGACGACGAUUUUCUCAAGUACACGCUGCCGCUGGCGAGGCAAAGUCUGGAGGAAUUCAAGGACAAGGAGGAGGCCAAGCCGGCGAAGGCCAAGGCCAAGAAGACGAAGGGUGGGCGCAAGCGCAAGAAGGCUGAGAAGGAUGACGCCAACGAUCUCUUCAAUCUCGGGCCGCGCGGGAGGAGGAAGGCUGUCCGUGUAGAGGACGACGAGGGCGAGGACGAAGAGGACGACGAGGGCGAGGACGACGAGGUCAAGCUGCAGGAGGAGCUGGACGAUGCCGCCGCGGCGCUGGAACUCGGCGCGGAAGCCGAGGAGGAUCAGAUCCCGGAGGAGGAUUCGUUUGGCAUCAUUCUUCAGUGCGCCAGCGCGCUUCACAAGGCGAGACGAAACGAGGAGGCGUACGAGAUGAUCGAGAAGUGCCUAGCGCAGGCGAAGAGCCGCGGCCUGUCCAAGACGCAGGUUCGCGACCUGAACCACGUCAAGGCGCUGGUCUGCCACGCGCUGGGCGCCAGGAAUGUCAAGGGAAUGAAGGGGGAAGCGGCGAAGGCGGCGCGGCACGUCGCGUUGAACAACUCAACCGACGCGGAUGCCCUCAACCUCUACGUGCGGCUCGCUAUGGACGCCGGGCAGCGGGCAGAUUGCGCCAAGACGUUUCAAUCCAUCGUUUCCAUGCACGACGUGCACGGGGUGGACAGCAAGAAGAGGGUCCCCGCUCUGAUCAUGUCGGGAAUAGUGCACUCGCAGCAAGGGGCGUGGGCUACGGCGCUCGCGGAUCUCAUGCACGCCAUCGCUCUCGGGCCGGAGGAAUCCACCGCGGCGCUGAGCGGAGGCAUCGCCGCGCUGCAGUACUCCAUGAAACACAUCGAUGUUCCCGAAGCGAGGCAUCACUGGGUGCUCAAAGCCGUGGCGAUGCUGCAACACGCGGGUAGGCUUCGCGUGAAACAGGAGGGGACACGUGGCAUGCACGAGGGCGACUACAACCUCGCGAGGGGCCUGCAACAGCUCGGACUGAAUCACCUCGCGGUGCCGCUGUACGAGCGAUGCCUAGAGAAAGGCGCGGAUGAGCUACAGCAGGAAUGCGCGCAGAACCUGAGCCUGAUUUACGAGCAAAGCGGGGCUACGGCGCUGAGGGACCAGGUUCUCCGAAAAUACGUGAAUCACGAUGAAGCAUAG